AUGUCUUCGCACAUCACUGCCUGCUGUCCAGCGCAGUAUGAACCUCUAGACCCGGCUCUCAAAGAGAUACGUGUUCUGGAAGUUGCGCCAGCGAGUGGUGACGGUAUCGUCGAAUGCACGAUGAGUCCCAUCUCCCUCCUUGACAAUCCCGUACCAGUCUACGAGACCAUCUCAUAUUGCUGGGGGCCACCUCGAGCUCCAUCUACGAUAAAGCUCAAUGGGCGUCUGACACCCGUACCGGCAAGCUCAGAGGCCGCAAUACGACGCAUGCGACUCAGCGACAGACCGCGAACACUCUGGAUUGACGCCAUAUGUAUCGAUCAGUCGUCGGUGACAGAACGUAGUGCGCAAGUGGCUUUUAUGUCGACCGUCUAUCGCGCUGGAAUGCGUAACCUCGUUUACCUAGGCGAAGAUGACGGUAUGGCAGAACGAGGUGUGAAGGCUGUUCAGGACGUUGUUGCCGACAUGCGUACUGCGACAAACGAUUUGACCAUGCUAGCCCAGACCAUCUUUGUUGAGCACACUGGCGAACAUUUGACUUCGGACGAAGGAUUCAGCGAGGACAUCGACUUCGAGGCUCUUGAGGUUUUCUUCAGCCUUGAAUGGUUCAGACGUUUGUGGGUACUCCAGGAAAUCGUUCUCGCAACGUCUAAUACCUGCUAUUGGGGCAAUUUCGAAUUUGAUCUUCUGGUUACAGUAAGAACUGCAUCAUGGAUCAAUUAUAAGAGACGUUUCGUACCUCACAGCCUGCUCAAUCGCGCUGGUUAUUACUGUGCCUUUGAGAUGUUCGACCAUCUCGACCGCGAUAACGGUCGCUUUGCGAACUACAGACAUAUGGCUGCAAUGUUGGAUACGGCCCAGCGUUUUGAGAAGACCGAGGAUAGGGACGGCAUAUACGCCAUUCUGGGACUCAUCGAUCAAGACAAAGCUCUAGAAGGACAUGAGGCGGCAUUACUAGAGGUUGAUUAUACCAAGCCGAUUCCUGAUGUUUUGCGAGACGCUACGAGGUAUGCGUUAAGCGAACGCAACGACCUGGAAGUUUUAACGAGGCUCGCUCAUGAUGUUGAUAUGUUGGCGGACUUUCAGACCUUUCCAACAUGGACUGUUCGUGCAGACGUGCAGGACCGUUCGCGGAACGCCUUUUAUCUGCCAUAUGUUUAUAACUCCUCGGAGGGUCUUGAAGCACCAUCCCUGCUCAGCGACACAUCCUUUGGCAAGAACGUGCUGUUACUUCAAGGAAUAGUGGUCGAUCAAGUCGUUCAAACGACCAUCAUUUGUGACUACAGUACCUGGUGGGAUGAUGAAAAAUAUUUCCAAUGGCUUGUAUCAAUUAAGCACAUGACUACAGGUCAUAAUGACAUUGCAAUGCUAGAUAACGUCGAUCUAGCCAUAGCUGAUACAUUGGCAGCCGGCCAGACGAGAAGUAGGAAAAAAGCACAGCCGGAUGAUUUGAAGGUACUAGUGGGGUACAUCGAGAGCUUGACUAUUCGCGAGGACGGUAUCGUUUCAGAUGGCGUCAGCAUCAAAUCACACGUUGAUAAGAAAGAGAUGAGAGCUGCGCUUGAAUCUGUGUAUACGUACUGGUGUCAGGGCCGUCGUUUGUUUGUUACCGCAGCUGGACGCACGGGUCUAGGGCCUCGUUGCAUGCAACCUGAAGACAUCGUCGUGGUCCUAAGGGGAGGUCUCUCGCCCUUUAUCUUGCGAAAGAAAGUCGACGGCUAUCAGCUGAUUGGUCAAGCUUAUGUGCAUGGCAUAAUGUACGGCGAGGCGGUGGAAUUGGACAGAAGUCGAGGCAAGUCGGAGGUGGUGUUUCACGUGCGGUGA